AUGGGAUUUUUGACACCUCAAAUUUUAAUUAUAAAACACGGUGUGACAAGAAAGUGACAUUAAUGAAGUAGAAAUGUUAGGUUUUCUGUAUUCUUGAAAUGCACUUUUUUGAAAUGUGGAUAUAUAAAAAAGUAUUUUUCCGUGAGAUAUUUGAAAAAAAUAUGUUAAUUUUGUAGUUAUUUUUUGUAUUUAUCGGGGAUUUGUGUCUGAUCGAAUGUCAUUUUCAUUUUAUAUUUCAUACCCAUUUGUUUUCGAUAUCAGUCCUGGGCGUUCUAUGAUUUACUAUUAGUUAUGGAUAAUAAGUUGAUAGAGGGUUUUGAAAAACUUGAUACAUAUCUUCAACGUUUUCAAAAAAUCUUGUUUUCAACAUCUAUGCAUAUAUAUUUUUUCCCAAUUCUUAUUUGAACUUUCUCAACCCAAUAACACACAUUUCUUCAAUCCGGAAAUAACUAAAAAUCGCAAAACAACCAAAAACAAUAAGUUGGAUGUACAUCUGAAUAAAAUCACACAUUAUUUUGCAUACCAAUUAUCUAAACGUACAUCCCGCCAAUUCCUCACAUUUGUCUUUCUAAUCCGAUAAAAGUCACCCCAGUCUUGAAAAUAAAAAUAAUAAGUUGUCCAAAAAGAGGAAGGCUUAUCGAAAAGCCCCUUGUGAAACUAGAGCUCAACUCAAAAGUUUUGUCAUUUAUUUUACAACAUAAUUUUGAGUCGAUAAUUUAUUGCUUCUCAAACUACAUAAAAUAAGAGAAUAAAAAGAAAUCAUAAUAAAAAUCCGAAUAUGGUUUAUUGAACAAAUAUAAUAGAAUCGACCUGAGUGACUUUGUCUUCAACUUUUUCUUGAGUUUUUUCUCCUUUCAUAUUUUUUGCCGACUCACAUCAUUUCAUCUUAUGUUUCUGUCUGAUAUGACAACCGUUUUGACAUACUCUUGUCAAAUUAUGUUUUUUUGAUACCCGUUUCUUCUUGUUCCAACAUUUUAUUAUAUCUUUUUUGUUAGUAGAAGGGAAGAAGCAAUUUGUUGUUUUUUUUUCUUGGAAUUUUUUUCUGUUUAAGGUUAGCUAUUAUUUGAAUUUGUGAAAAAAUAAGAGCAAAAUUCGAAUCUAUAAUUUAUUUAAAUUAUAUAGGUUUAGAAUUGAGAUUUUCUUCGAACUUGGUAUUAGUAAGGGUACUGUAGUUUCUGUUUUUAAUUGUGAGUUUAGUGAUUUCAUAACUUCUAUUCAAACAAUUUUUGGUUCUGCGCAAAACUUUUUUAGUCCUUCUUACUUUUUGAAACUGAAAAAAAUGAGACUCGAAAUAUCCGUUUUUUGUUUCAAACUAAAACACAAAGAUAUUUGACCAACUUUUUGAUGUUUCACUAUUUUUUGAAGGGGUGGAUCUCUGAAUAGUAGUUGAGUAGCUUUUGAAUUUAGAAAAUUCUUGGGGAUUUCUAAAUUUUGAGGUAAUAAAAUAGGGCUGGAAUUAUAAAGAGCAGAAUGAACGAUUUCGCACCGCAUAUUGCAAAUAAACAUUUCAAAGUAGGAUGUUUUCUGAAACUAUUUGAGUAUAGAGGUAUACAAUAUCAGAAAAAUGUAUAUUUUUCUACGAAAUUUUUAGAAUUAGAAUGAAUAUUUAUCUAGAAAAACCCACCUCACAUUUAAAACAAAAAUCAACUUGUUGUUCAAAUUACGCUGAAAUUCUUAACAUUGUUGAACAGACAGCAAAAAGUUGAAAAAGCAUGAAAGAAAAAACACGAAAAAACUGCUCGUUGUUCCUUUUCCGUGUGUCCACAGCCAAUUGUUUUUGUUUCUCCUAUUGUUUUUUAGCUUUAAAAGGUUCGUCCUGAGGAUUAUACUCCUUUUCUAUUUUCAUUUUAUGGUCAACUUUUUUCCUCUUUUUUUCUCAAUUUUCUGACGUUGAGCAUAGAGAUUUACUUUCAAUUAAAAGUUAAGAUGUUCAUUUCAUUUUAAUCCAAACAUGUGAUUGAUUGCUCAUUUUAAACAACAAAAAACAAUCAAUGUUUUUUCAGCGACUCUGAAGAGAGCGGCGGCGGAGGACCACCACCUGAAGUGCUUGAUCUACCUGAUAUUGUAAGAUACAGUGAACAUCACGACGUUCGUGGUCAUCGAGAUUCGAAUACUGAAAAAAUUGGUGAGCUUUUUCAUGUGUUUUUUUUUCUGGAAAAGCAAAAAGAAAAAAGGAGAACAAAUCAAAGGUCUAGAUGUUCCCUUGGGUGGCUAAAUAUUGCAGCGAACGUUUUUUUUGUUUUUGAACUUCGCUCGGAAAUUUGAAGAUAAUGAGGAGAGCAAAAAAGGCAAUGAGUAUAAUAGGAUAUUUGAGAUAUUGUAGUUUUUUGUUUUGCAAUAACUGGAGUUUUGAGAAGAUUUCGAAACAUAAUAGAAAAAGGGGAUUCUCAAAAUUUUAGAAGUAGUAGAAUAUUUAAAGUUGUGAAAGAUUCGGAAAUAUUUGAAAAUAGAAUUCCAUUACAAAUCUAAGCGAACAUGUUAUUUCUCAAAAAAAAUCUGAAAAAAAUUGAAAUUCUUAAUUCAGAAGUGUAAUAUUCAUUGUCGAGAUUUUUUAGAGAUAUUGAAGGAGUUGAAAAUGAGCUUUAGGGUUUUCAACAUAUUCACAGUACGCUGCUUGAGCUCCAUUAUCAGUUUUCCCCGAAAUAUAGUUAAGAGAGGGAGAACAAAUAAUAUAAAAAUUGAAAUAUUAUGAAAAUGGCCGAGAACCACUGACGGAACAACGUUGUUAUAUCAUAAUUUUGAAAAAUUCCUACAAAAAUAGAAUUAAUGUUGUUUCAGGAGGAUCGUUUCUUCAUCAUCCAGCAGUGAUGGGAAGUUUGGAAAAAUUGAUCAGGUACGCUUUUUUUCUAUUUUCUCGGGUUCCCUUCUCUCUUUUUCAAUUUCAUACUUCACAGGUAAGAAAGUCUAUUUUCAAUUAAGAAAAUGUAAAAAUCCUGCAUGUGCAUGAAAUAAAUAAAUCCCAAAAAAUCCUCCAUUCAUCUCAUUCUCGUUUUCCUAUUUAAAAAUAUACACAUAUAAUCGCAAAAACUAGGAUUUUUCCUUUAUUUUCCUUCCUCCCUAAAUUGAAUAACGUGUUCGUUCUUCUUCAGUUAAAUAGUUUCAACGCAAAAUAAUAGGUUUUUUGUGUUGUUAAAAUUGAAGAAGAGCCAGCUAGCUAAAAUGAGAUUUUGUCCGAAAUUGGUCUUUUUCGUAGUACGGUAUAUUACAUCCGUUUUUUAGUCGUCUUUUUCAUUUUUUUUCCACUUUAUUCCAUUCCGAGCACUUUCCAUUUUUUGAAGAAAAAGGUGCGAACAAAUUCGUAUUGUAUCUAACCUAAUUUCAAACCAAUUUCAUCUCAAUCUUCUUUUUUUGCGUCUUCAGAGUUAUAUUUUUUUCCAAUUUUCAGUUGUAGUGCUCUUGACUUUGAAGAAUACUUGUCCCGAUAA